GCGAAGUUCUUUGCACCCUUUUGAAAACCAUGGCACAAUCAGAAAAUGGGAUGUGGAUCAUUGGAUACGGGUCGUUGAUAUUCAAGCCUCCACCGUUCUACUCAUUCAGGGUUAAUGGGUACAUAGAAGGAUUCAUCAGGCGGUUUUGGCAGAGCUCGUCCGAUCAUCGAGGAACUCCAGAAAGUCCGGGCAGAGUGGUCACCUUGGUACUGUUAGAAGACUUGCUCGUUCACGACAAACUUCACCAUGACAUUCAUGUCUAUGAGCUUCUUGAGCACAAGGCCAUUGUUUCGGUCGGGGCGAGUGUGGCCCAGUCGCUGGUUUCUAUAUCGCUGGUUUCGAAAGCAGACUUGAAAGUAUGGGGAUGUGCUUACUAUAUUGCCCCCGAGAACGUGGAGAAGGUGAAGGAAUAUCUUGAUGUGAGAGAACAGGAUGGAUACACGACACACGUAGUUCCAUUUGUGAUCAGCAGUAUUAGUGAAGAAAAUGAGUUUACAGAUGAGGUGAUAUCGCACAUACCAAAGGAAAAUGGAGUUUCAUAUAUAACCUCGUCUAUCUACAUUGGAACCGUGGAAAAUGCGUCCUUUAUUGGUCCAGAGGAUGUCAAGGUGACAGCGAAAAAAAUUGUUGAAAGCAGAGGUCCUAGUGGAGAGAAUCUUGAGUAUCUCCAGAAGUUGUGUGAGUCGGUUAGAGGAUUAGGGGCUGCGGACCAGUAUUUGGAGGAGUUGUAUAAGUUGGCAUCGUUGUAUAGAAAUUAAUAACGGAUAGAUAGUGACCCCGUAUAGAAUGGUAAAACAUAUUUGGGAUUGCAGGAACUUACUCGUUUCUGUUCAAUUGGGCUAUUCAAUAAAUACGCAACUAU